CGCCGCCUUAAAAGCUUCGUUGUCUGCACCCGAGCAAAAUCAUAAAAUCAGUCCAAGACAAAAAUCACACGAAUAGCAAUUAUUAAAUGCAAAAAAGUAGACGGAUUAUACAAAAGAAAAUAGAGAGAAAAUCUCCCCGAAAAACGGUUUAAAAACAAAUUACAAUUAACGGCCUCCCCCUACAAAAAAUAAAGAAAUAAAAUAUCUGUUCGACAAUUGUGAAAAAAAUGAAAAUGUUCAAUGUAUAUUCCAUGGAUAUGAUGUUCAGCACUGCAGCAAUCAGGAAAUUCUCAAAAGAAGACAACACUGAGACAAUUCUACAACGUUUAGUUUAGCGAAAAAAAAAAAUCUAGAGCGUCUGUCCGUCGGCCCGUCUGUCUAUUUUUUGUACUUCUUGUUAUCGUUGUCAUUGUUGUGAACACAGCUCUCAAUUGCUCAAUUCACUCGCUCUAUUGUGUGCUCUCCUGUGAAGUGUACAAUAGUAGCAACAACAACAACAAGUCUAAAUGGAUAAUCCAAUGCGAUUCUGUUGAUGACCACCGACGCAGCAGCCAGGAACAACACUAGCAGCAACAACAUUUGAAGAAAGAAAGGAAGAAGAAAAAAUAUAAAAAGAAGAAAUUUUAUUUUCGAUAUUUCAAGGAAUUGAAUUUGGAACAACCCCUUCCUCCCAUCCGCCCUCAAACGGAAGAGAUAUUAUGAGAGACUUUUAUGUUUUUGUUUUAGAAAAUGUUUAAGAAGUGAAAAUACGGGAUUUGUUUGAUUUCUCCAAGAGCCGACACAGAGCCUUCAAGACCCAACAGCAACAUGUCGAAAGCAACAUCAACAAACAAUAGCACCGCCACCACCUCCUCGAGCUGCACAAUGGCAAACACAAGUACCGUGGCCGCCACCACUAGCCACACCUCAAUGACAGCAACAGCAGCGUCAUCAUCCACCCUCUUGGCCAUGAGCAAAAUGUCCACCUCCACGCCACAAAAGAAGCUACCAGAUGCUGCCGCAACAACAAUGCUGGCCGAUAUCAGUGGUCUCGCUGACACGGAGACAUCAAAUGUCUUCAACGAUGAUACAACCACAUCCAUAUCGCCCAAUCAGAGCAGCAGAAUACAUGGCAGUGGUGGUGGCCACACUGGAGCAGGCAGUGGUGGUUAUAGUAAAUCCAACUCAGCCUCCAACAGCCCGGUGGCCAAGCGCCAUCUGAAUUCAGGCUCCGUGGCCAGGACUCGUCCCCAAUCCAGUUAUUCGGCCAGGGUAUUAAUUUUCGAAGAUUCCGAUCAAGAAUUGGGAGCCCAUGGUAGCAUGGCAGGCGCCGGAGGAGGAGGUAGUAACAAUAGUGGUAAUAGCAUACAAAGUAUUGGCAAUAAUACUCAUGAUGGCACCACCAAAUCAUCCACGGGUUUGGAAAUGUUUGGUUCAUCGCCCAAAAACGAUUCAUCGAUAUCCUCAUCACAGUCGCUGUUAAGAAAUUUAAAUUUGACAAAAUCCUCAUCGGGUGGUUUAUCGGGAAGUUCGAUAUCAUUGCCGGCCAGAGGCUAUGGGGCGUUGUUGCGCAAGAUAUCCUAUCAGCAGCAUACCUAUUCCAUGAGAUCGAGUAGUAAUGAUUCCUCAAAUUUGGUACGCAUGCGCAACACAUCAUUGGGUAAAUCGGCCCCCUGCCUUACGGGCAGCAAUUCAUUUCGCGAUCGCGAUACUAGCCUGUGUCUGGGCCAAACUAGUAUGCAUGCCAUUACUCAUUCACCAUCAUCCACAUCAUGUAAUAUUCACCCAACAUCAGCAGUAGCAGCAUCAUCAUCAUUAUCAUCGUCCAACUCGAAUACAUCAACAUCUAAUGCAGCAGCGGCGUCGUCAUCGUCUGCGGCACCCAACGCCAACACCAGCUCCUUGAACAUUUCUCGUUCGGGCAGUUGUGCCGGUUUGGGUAUUGGUAAACAUCAUUUACAUGGUGUUGUUAUGCGUGGCUCCGCCGCCAGUUCAAGUGGUGUGGCUCAUCAUCGUUUAAGUUUGGUUACCGGUGGCAUAGGGGCAGCUGCUGCAGCAGCUGCGGCCGCGGCGGCAGCAGCAAAUUCAAGAUCUCAUUCGCCAUAUUCGGCAAGUCCGGUGGACAGUCCACGCAUCAAUUCGCCAAUGCAAUUUGCUUUUGCACCCAUCAAACGUAUAGCCACAUGUCGUGGUGAUGGUAGAAGAUGGUCUGUGGCUUCAUUGCCUUCGUCGGGCUAUGGCACCACACCGGGUAGUUCAAAUUUAUCGAGUCAAUGUUCCAGCCAGGAGGCCUUGCAUCAGUUACCCAAUAUGCCCGGUGGCCAUGAUGAUCAUCAAAACAUGCAUUUAAUGGCAGGAGGAGCGGGAGAAAUGGCUGGCAAUGCCUUGGUGAAUUGUUGUGCCGAGCAUAUGCACCAACACCAGCAGUCCUUGGCGGCGGCGGCUGCUGCUGCUGCCACAAAUCGACCCCACUGUGUGAAACAUUGUGCUUUAAUCAACAACAACACUACAACGAAUAAAAAUACCGUCCCAGGACAGGCAAGUCCUAAGCAACAGCAGCAAUUUAAACCACAACAUGUGCCAAGCGGCAAUGCCGCUCCUGCCACACCCCUUAAGCCAUGCCCCAACUGUUGUGCCGACAUAAAUACGGCCUGUAAUCCCAAUGCCCCAAGGACUCCUGGCUCGAAUAACACCAGUGGAAGUGGCCAAAAUAGCGGUGGACGGAUGUCUCCCUUCCACCGGCCACGCUCCAGAUCAUUGUCCAGUCCCUCACGCUCGCCUGCCAUUGAUAAUGAGAUUGCUUUAAUGAAUACCAUGUACAAGGAACGUUUCCCCAAGGCCACCCAACAGAUGGAAGAGAGACUGAAACAUUUCAUAAAUGAAAAUAAAUCGGCGGUGUGCAAUAGUUUCCGGGACUCGCAGCCAAUUGUGAGAUUUGUCCAUCAUCAGGUAUUGGAAAUGGCGCGAGAUUGUCUAAAUAAAUCCGAGGCCAAAUUGAUAACCUCAAGAUAUUUCUAUGAAAUGAGUGAGAAUCUGGAACGUUUACUAAUGGAAACAAAAGAGAAAAGUCCCGAGGCUGCCGUGGAAUUGGCUGGGGUUAUCAAGAAAUUGCUUUUGAUAAUAUCCCGGCCAGCCAGGUUAUUGGAAUGUCUGGAAUUUGACCCAGAAGAGUUUUAUCAUUUGUUGGAAGCGGCCGAGGGACAGGCCAAGGCCAUACAGGGCAUCAAGGCAGACAUACCGCAGUAUAUUAUACACAAACUGGGUCUUAAUCGGGAUCCCAUAGCGGAAAUGCAACAAGAGGCUAAAGAGACCAGGGAGGUGUGUGAUAAUAAAGGUUCCAACAACUCGAGUGUUUUGAAUGAUUCCGGCACCCCAUGUUCACUGCUGUUGAGCUCUCCUCUCACCUGUGUCUCGGUGACUUUGAAUCCCAAUGCUGAGCUGAAUCUAUUGGCCAACAGUGGUUCAAAUACACCCCAUCCACCCAUGCCCUUACAGCCGCCUCAAACCCCCGUUGCCAUUGGCGAAAUGCCUCCCUUUGGCGCCACACUCAACAAACAAACAAAUCUCAACUUGACACCGCAGGAAAAGGCGGCCCUGAAACCUUCAUUCGGUGUUGCCAAUCAACAGCAGCUCCAUGAAACACAAACACCCCCACAACAGUCAACCGGCCAACUUCCACCACCACCACUACCGCCACCACAACCCAUACCCAGCGAACAUGAUUUCGACAUUGUUAAACUGAUCUCAAAUGGUGCUUACGGUGCUGUCUAUCUGGUGAAACACAAGACCACCCGCCAACGUUUUGCCAUGAAAAAAAUCAAUAAAAAUAAUCUCAUUUUACGCAAUCAAGUCGAACAGGUCUUUGCUGAGCGUGACAUAUUAUCCUUUGCCGAUAAUCCGUUUGUCGUCAGCAUGUACUGUUCGUUUGAGACGAAAAAGCAUUUAUGUUUGGUCAUGGAAUAUGUAGAGGGUGGCGAUUGUGCCACCCUGCUCAAGAAUAUUGGUCCGCUGCCGGCGGACAUGGCCCGUUUUUAUUUUGCCGAAACUGUAUUAGCUGUUGAGUAUUUGCAUAGUUAUGGCAUUGUUCAUCGCGAUCUUAAACCAGAUAAUUUGUUAAUUACCGCAUUGGGUCACAUAAAACUGACCGAUUUUGGUCUCUCGAAAAUGGGCCUUAUGUCGUUGGCCACAAAUUUGUAUGAGGGUUAUAUUGAUUCGGAGACCAGGCAAUUUUCCGACAAGCAAGUUUAUGGCACCCCCGAGUACAUUGCCCCCGAGGUGAUAUUGAGGCAGGGUUAUGGUAAACCUGUCGAUUGGUGGUCAAUGGGUAUAAUCUUGUAUGAAUUCCUAAUUGGUUGUGUACCGUUCUUUGGCGAAACAGCAGAGGAGUUAUUUGCCCAUACUGUCAAUGAUGACAUUGAAUGGCCCGAUAAUGAUGAUUGGCCUGUCCAGCCGGAAGCUAAAGAUAUUAUAACACAAUUGUUGCAACAAAAUCCCCGUGAUCGUUUGGGUACCCAGGCGGGGGCGUUGGAAGUUAAGGAGCAUUUCUAUUUUGAUGGUCUGGAUUGGAAUUCGUUGUUGCGUCAAAAGGCCGAAUUUGUACCACAAUUGGCAAAUGAUGAUGAUACCAGCUAUUUUGAUACUCGCAUGGAUCGUUACAAUCAUGACUUGGGUGGUGAAGAUACCGAUGACACAGAUGAUACUCCCGUAUUUGGUUCUUUUUCAUCGUAUACGCCGCAGUAUCGCAAGCAGCAUUAUUCAUGGUCGCGCACCACGUCGGCAUCGUCCACAACAUCUGUGGCCUCGUCGACAUCACAAAAUUAUCCAUCAGCAUCAGCUGCAGCCGCGCCUACGACAACAACAACAGUUCAAAAUGCCACAACAACAAGUGGUACAAUAACCACAACAACAACAGCAGUUAGUGCAUCCUCAACGCAGGAAACCCAGAAAUUGCUGGUUACCGAAAGUUCAUCAUCGCCCACAAAUACUGUGGACUCUGUGGCCAAGUGUCGUAAAAUUUCAGCACCCUUGGCAGCAGCCGCAGGAGGUGGCAAUAGCAUUACAACUAUUAGUACAUUAAAUCAACAUAUGGUCAAUAAGGUCCUGACCACACCACAAUUGAGGAAGAUUGAGCUAUCCACAACCUGUGUUAAGGUCCCCUCAACUCCCGAUGCUGAUUACUUGCCUGAGUUGUUGCACAAUGUCACCAUUGGCAAUGACAAUGAGUUGCGUAUGCUAAAUCAGUUCUUGAGACAGCCGGGAGGUGGUAAUAUCCCCUCCUCGCCCUCCUCCGGCCAGCAGCACAGUAGUUUGGCUUUGCAACCCAUUAAGCCGGAAAGACAUCACCAUCAUCAUCAGCGUCAUAGUAUGCCACCCAAUACCACAACAAUAAUCACAACUCCGGCUACACCACCCGCAGCCAUGGUCAAUGCUCCGGUGGAAGUGGGCCAACAGCAGGGAACUAACACCACCAAAUCCCAUCAAACAAAUUCUUCAUCUACCAGCAGCUGUGGCUCCUCAUCAUCGACGACAGUGGAAUUAAAAGCGAACAGCAACAACACAACUUCUUCUUCGUCUACUUCUUCGUCCACCUCAAGUACAACAACAGCAGCAGCAGCAGCAAUAGCAACAAUAAAAACUACAAAUCCUUCUCUAAUUUCAACAAUAACCACCGAACGCAAACUUGCCGAUACUCAUAAGUUAGCACGCAGUACACCGGAAUCAUCGCAGACAGACAGCGAUGAUUUCUCACCUCAGAUAGCCCGUAAACGUAAGGGUGUAUGUGCCCGUGAUAUAUUGCCCAGAUUCUCUAUAUCCAUAGAAGAUGAGACCAUCAGUGGGGGAUCAUCUUCGGCGGAGAACACCCGGGAACAAUCGCCGCUGGCAUUGCAACAUCAGAAAUCAAUUGAUAGCCAUAUGGCCACGAAGAAUCAUCGUUCUCGUUCGUCCAUUGUUAAGUCGGCCUCGGCCCUGGGUCUGUCACUAAUGUCAUCAGCCAUUGACAAUGUCCAGUUGGCCCAGCAGUUGUGCAACAUCACCGCCGGCAUACAAUCCCCCAGCAGUGUAACUGCCGGAGGUGGUGGUGGAGGCGGUGGUUCCAGUACAGCUUCUUCCCGUGACACAUCACCCUGCCGGGAAUUGUCGCCCUUGGUUACAAAUCUCAAGCCACCGAUUAUCAUUAGACGUGGUCCACGUGGUUUUGGUUUCACCGUACACACGAUACGUGUGUAUUAUGGUGAUACCGAUUUCUAUACCAUGCAUCACUUGGUAAUGGCGGUGGAUGAGGGUAGUCCUGCUUUUGAGGCUGGCCUAAGGCCGGCCGAUCUAAUAACUCAUGUCAAUGGGGAGACAGUGCAAGGUCUGUUCCAUACACAAGUCUUGCAAUUGUUGUUGAGUGGUGGUGAACAUGUCACUCUGAGGGCCACACCCUUAGAACAUACCAGCAUUCAGAGUGGUGGACGCAAACGGGAUCUAAUGCAGAGUAAGCUGGCCAAGAAGGGUGUCAAUCGCCAGAAGAAACAAACCAAGAAGGAGCAUGACAAGAAACGCAAGACCUCGCUGUUUAGGCGCAUAAGUAAUAAGCGUGCCUCGGCGGAGAUCCAACAGAUGGCUGCUGGCAUCAACUCGCCCACAACACCCUCGGCUGUGGGCACGGCCAUUGGUAGGAAUUUAUCUCCUUUGGAUUCAUCAUAUCAUAGUAGUAGUUGUUGUCAAUCAGCGGCCACCUCAUCCCAAUCAACAUCACCCUCAUCCUCCUCUCCCAAUACCCCAACGGGUGGUGGUGCUGGCAAUGGUAAUAGUGGUGUUGUAGCCAAUAUUGUGUCGGGUCCUGGCAAUAAUACCGGUAUAGGAUUUGUAAGCACUUCCAACACCGUGCUUCUGCCAAUUGCGGGCUCUGUUAGUGGAGCUGCCACCGCAGGAGGGGCACCAGUUGUGGGUGUAAUGGGCAAUAUACCAGUCUCACCAACAUCGGUGCCACAAUUGUAUCAACGACCCUCAACCUUGCAUGGUCUGAAACACAAACUACACACUGGUUGUGCUGGUAACACAACCGUUUGUCCCACUGGUUCGGGUGUCAAGGCAUUGCACACCAACUCCACAGCAUCAAUGCCAAAUCGUCGUAAAUCUGUAGGUCAUAUUCCUCUCUCACCGUUGGCUAGAACUCCCUCACCAUCACCACUUCCUUCUUCGCCCACACGUUCUCCAUCGCCGCUGGCUUUUCCGUUGAUUGGCCAUCAGCCAGGCUCAUCGAAUACAACGCAGUCGUAUAGUCCCGGAGGAUCAUUGCCGGUGGUGCAAACUGUCACGGCUGGUUCUAAGAAGACCGGAUUUGUGCGGACAAAAUCCUCGGAACCCAGUUCACCAUUGUUGAGGCGGGCCCUAUCACCAGAUCGUCUACAUCCACGUAGUGCCGAAACAAAAUGUACUCUAAUUUCACCGCUUUGUUGUUCACCACCCAUAAAACAGCCACAACGUGUCAUUGGUGGAGUAUGGCGUCCUAAUAACAACAAUAGCAAUGCAACUACUAAUCCAAAUACCACAUGUAUUUCUGCAGCCGGUGGUCAGGCAAUCGGGGCAACCACCCUACCACCAAUAACCUCCGCCGCCGUCGCCGUCGCCCAUCAUUCCCAACAAUCGAACACCACCUCGUCCUCGCCCCUGUCGUCAGCAUCAACAUCAGCUUGUAGUCGUUUGAUUGAACAGUGCGAACAACAUCUAUCAUCCAAUACCACGAGUCUCAGCUCAAACACCAACAACACCACCAAUAAUACCACCAUUAUUGAAGAUACUAUUAUGUGUGAUGUUUCACAGACAACAUCAUCAUCCUCAUCCUCAAGUUCUAAUUCUACUUCUGCUCUAGUAAGUACACCAUCCGGUAUGGUAAUACCGGGUGAAAUGAUGUUACCUCGCAUUGCUGAAGAGAAAGACUCGCCCACCAGUACAUCGGAAUCGACAACACCGGGUUUUAUGCAGACCAUUGCCGAGCAUCAUGAGGGCGGUGAUGACCCAAUGUUUUGCGCGACAAGAGAGAAAUCUACUGAGAGGGAUAGGCAAAUGGAUACGGGAUCGUCGUCUAUAGCCGCCACAACAGCGGGAACUAAAGAUGCUGGAAAUAAAACGAAAUGCAACGAAAGCACAACUGUAGAUACUGCUUCUAAAACUACAAAAUCAACUACGCAACAAACUAAUACUACUGCUACUACUGUUGUUGGUGGUGGCAGCAGCAGUGGCACCACGAAAACCCCCUACACAAAUCAACAAACUACUAAAACAAAUACCACCAUUGCUACUAGUAGCAGCAGCAGUACCCUAGCUACUGUUUCAAGUCACCAGACGAGAUCAUCAAAAUCUCCAAUAACUAUAGCAACAUCAUCGUCAUCAUCUGCAUCGGCAAGUUUAAAACGUGAACAAUUUUCAGCAAGUUCGAGUCAUGGUUCAGGUUCAGGUAAUCUUGGUGGUGGUGGAACAAGUGUGGCUGGUGCUUCAAAAUCUACAAGUAGUAAACAAAAGAAAUAAAAAACGUGUGAAAUUAACUGAAAAAAAAAAACAAAUUCGUUGUUUAAAAAAGGAUUCCAGUUUUUUAAACAAAAUUUAAUUUUUUUUUUUGGCAAAAAAUUGGAAUUUUUCCUGAAAGAAAAAAAUUAGGGUUUGCUAAAUAAACAAACAAAAAUAUUAAGUGUUUAUCUUCUCUCAUUAGGAAAUUAAUUAUUAAUUACAAUUACAACAACUAUUUUUAAACAAGCAAAGCAAAACAAACAAACAAACAUACUAUACUAUACUCUACUCUACUCUUAAUCUAUACAAGUUAUAUAAAUAGUAAAUAUAAUUACAUACAUAUUUUGAUGAUUGCCAUAUUCAUAAAAGAGAAAAUGCAAAACAAAACAAGAUUUCUUAAAUGUAUAAUUUAUUGGAAACAAAAUACAUAAAUACUAGAGAUUUACACAAAGAGAGUAUAAAACAAUUUUGAAUCGCUUUAAAUUUACAAAGUACUCCGUACCGUAAUGUUAAAGAAUCUAAAAAUUAAAAACAAAACAAAAUAAUAUUGAAUAUAUACUUUGGAAAUAUUUUAAUAAUUAAUAAUAUAUUUCUAUAAAAAAUAAUCCCCUCCUCUAUAUCUCUCCCUCUCUCUCACUCUCAUUAACAAAAAGUGAGGUUAGAACUUUGUUUUGCAAAAUUAAGACAAGCAUAACAAACCCCAUUCUUCUUUAUAUCCUUUAAAUAUAAAUAUGUUUAUUGUUUUAUGUUUUAAUUUUCCCCCCCUCAUUAAAUAUGCCUUUAUAUUGUAUACAUAUUCCCUUUCCCCAUAAUCCACCCCCUAGCCCCCUUUUUUUCUAUAAACUAUGGAGUUGUGCAUUUGUGCAAUAUAUUUAAAUUUAUAAACCACAAUAAAAAAAUAACCAAUUAUGUUUAGCUUACAAGAGAAAUUUAGAGCAAAAAUUAUGAAAAUUAAUGGCAAACGAUUCAAUGCUUUGUUAAAAGAAGAACAAUUCUGAAUAUUAAAAAUAAACAAAAAAAUAU